GGGCCCGAGGGCACCAUGACCCUGCUCAGGCUGUCUCUCAUGGCCUUCAGCUUCGUCUUCUGGGCAGCGGGGCUGACCAUGCUCAUCAUCGGCCUCUGGGCCAAGGUGUCUCUGGGCAAUUACUUGGCGCUGUCUGCCAGCGGCUACCCCAGCGCCCCCGCCAUCCUCUUGGCCACCGGCCUGGCCGUCAUCAUCUGGGGCUUCCUGGGGUGCUUCGGCGCCGCUACGGAGCACCGGGGACUGCUGCGCGCCUACAGCGCCUUCCUGGCCGCCGUGCUGGCGGCCGGGCUGGCGGCCGGGCUCUCGGCGCUCCUGUACCGCCAGACCCUGGCGCAGGGCUUCCAGGAGGGGCUGCGCCAGGCGCUGCUGGCCUACGGGGAGGACGACGGGGUGGCGGACGCCCUGGACGCGCUGCAGCGCGCCCUGUCCUGCUGCGGUGUAGAGAGCUACCGCGACUGGCUCGCCUCGCCCUGGGGGCUGGAGCAGAACGGCUCGGUGCCCCUCAGCUGCUGCCGGGCCCGCCGCGGCUGCCAGCGCAGCCCGCCCGACCCGCGCAGGCUGCACGGCGACGGCUGCUUCGGCAGGGUGUCCGCCUUCGUCGGCAGCAACAUGUUUUAUGUUGCCACUGCUGCCCUGGGGCUGGCACUGAUGCAGCUCAUCGGUAUUGUGCUGGCCUGCCUGCUGGCUGCCCGCGUCCAUGCCCACCUGCUGGGCAUCACCACCACUCGCUGAGAUCCUCCCACUCCUGCCCCUUGUACCGUCCAGCUCCCUUCUUUCCCACAGAACUGAGUACAUCCCACCGGGAAGACCCUUCCUUCAUAUUCAUCAUUUCCACUUGAGCAUCCCCCUCCAGGCUCCAUUCCUAUGGAGUUUGUGUUAGGUGUGCUAAGAGCAUCUCAAGUCCCUCAGAAGGGAAGGUGCCUCCUGUCCUGGCCAUGUCUUGCAGAGCAGCAGGUCCCCACUGGAACCUCUGGACCACUUCUGCAGUGAAUGGUGGACAGACAUCACUCACUGAGGCAGCAGGAACAUCUGAGGCAAGGCUGACCUGUUCUCGGGGUGAUGUUAACACCAAUGCACCGAAAUGUGGACCAGGAAAGAGGAGACGGUCUUGAGAGAGCAAGAGAGGUUUCUCUUGGCAUUACACCAUGUGAGUAUUCCUCUGAGAUUGAAAAAUGAUGUUACUGGAAAACUACUGGAGUGGAUGAGGGGCAGGCCUGGUCCUGGGGGCACCCAGACAGCCAUGCCAGCAGCUGACACUGGGAGCUGCUUGAGGGACUGUCCAGCUCCGUGCAUCCCAUUGCCGCAAAGACAUCCUACCUUCCAGCAUAUUUGAGCCGUCCAGCUGCUACGGGCGCUUUUCCCGCUGUCGGUGUUUCCAAUGCCAAUUUCUAUCUAAAGGUGGAGCUGCAGCUCUAAGAGUUACUCCCUCCUUCAGGCUGUGCCUGUCCUCUUAGCCAGUGUGUCACUGGUUAUGUAUAUCUUCGCAGGGCUGAAAAGACCUAAGACCUGGGUCUCUGUCCUACAGAAAGAUGGCAAAAACUGUAGGAUCAGAUAUGAUGAGGGGUGGGUUCAUUGCCCUUCAGAAGUUUGCUUUGGACUUUUACUGUUAACAUCAGGAUGAAUGGAACAGGCUGUUUCAUAGAAGGGUUUCUGAAAAAACAGUCCUCAGACUCUGACAUUUUUCUCCUCCCAGAGGAUCUGUCUCUGAAGUGUGCCCCUCAUGCCCCUCACCUACGUUUUUGAAGCCAGAUCUGUAUACAACUUGAGAGUAAAUGGAGAAUCCCCAAGACUUGCUCUGUAGCCCUGGGUGUUUUCAGGUCAGGCAGCAACAUAAAUCUCCAAGAUUUUGGUUUUUUUUUUUUCCACAAAAGAUUAUGGUUUGCAUUUGGAGUUUGAGGAAAAGCAAGCCAUGCACUUCAGAGGGUCCUGAACUUUCAGAGCUUCCCUUUGGCUUCUUUCCACUUCCUUAAAACUCUACUUUUACGUAUUUCUUUACCUUGGAGCACAAAGACAUGCCCACCUUCACCAGCAAAUGGGGGAGGAAUGAUCUCAGAAAAGAAUCAAAGAACCACAAAGGAACUCAGAACAUGGCAUCUCUUAGGAAUGUGACUUGCAAAGCUGUGGAGAAUGAUCAAAUGAGUAAAGAAGAUGACUGGUAGCUUCAUGGGAGAAGAGGAGCAAUCGUGGAGGAAAGGCUUUUUUCAUGUAUUAGGUGGCUAUUUAGCUAUGAUAAUCAUGUUUCAGGUUAACAGUGUAGUGGGAACAGUCUUCUCAGUCAUUUGGGUAUUCAUCUGCAUAGGUGAACCCUGGAAAGGUGUUAGGAAUCUCUCUUUAUAGGGAAAACAGUGCUUUAUUUUUGAGGGCUGAUGUUUAUUAUUUUACAAAAUAUAUUUUGUAUUUUUGCUUGUAAAUGUCCCUGUAUUUGUUUGUUUGUUUGUUUGUUUGUUUGUUUUUAGUUAUGCAAUAGUGGAGCUCCUGUUAUUUUCUGGAAGUCAAGAUUAUGUUGUACAGUUUUAACAAUGGGCAAAAGGGAUGGUUUGUAUGGUAAAUGGUACUCAAGAAAUAAGUAACUGCUGUUCUGCUAAGAGCAGAACAGGUUACUGUGUCAACUCAGAGCAUUUGCAUUGUGGACAUUUGAAUGUCCACACAAGGUGCAACUAAAUGUAAGUGAAAUUAAAUAAUGUACUUUGAAAUGUAGAGACAAAAGCAUGUUGUGGGGUUUUAAAAUUAUUAUUAAAAAGAUCCAUUAUAGCUGCAAUAAAACAGACAUUGUGGGGAGUGUGGGAAAGGGACAUGGAAUUGCACUAGGUUUAUAAAAAGAUCUUACUUAUUUGAGUUAAUAGGCUCUGAAAUUUUACAAGAAUAUGACAUUGCUCUAUUUUUACUCCACUGAUGACUAAAAUGAUUUCUGAUUUUCACCCUUGUUGCUUUAUGUGACACAUAGCAGUUGGUCAGAAUGAAGUACUCUGUUAAAGUACUUCAUUCAAGCAUAGUGUAAACGCACUUCAGUGAAUUUGUUCUGGUUUUAAGUUGCUAAGAAUAUAAAAAUAGGAAUAACAGCAAGUUUGAAGCAUACCAGUAUAUGUUUGUAUAGUGGUUGGGUCUGAAUCUGAGGACAUCAGCAGAAUGUACUGAAAAAUUUAAAAUGUAACCCAUCACUUUGCACUCUUGGUCUAAAAUAGGAUAAACCUUGGCAAUGAUCACAUUAAAUGCUAAAUGUAUCACCAAAGAUUUAAUGAACUGUCUGUGUUACUUGAAUGUUUAUUGCCAGUUCCUAGAAUUAGCUUUUGUAAUUGUAAGAAAGAAGUGUCAUUUUUCUCUAAUUAAUUUCCAGAUUAAAAAAUUCCC